CUCCAACUUCUCAUCGCUUUGAGAUUUAGGCUUUGAGAAAUAGGGGAUCUGCAUGGCGUUUCGCAACAGACAGUAUCAAGGAUAGUACAUGCCGUCUCAGAAGCAAUUGCAGGAUGACUUCCUCGCUUUAUUGCAUUUCCUCAACAGGUAGAAGUAAUUCAGAUAGGCUUAUAUAAUUUGGCACAAUUUCCUCAAGCUGUGGGCUGCAUUGAUUGUACGCAUGUACCAAUCAAAAGUCCCGGCAGGGAAGUUGCACAAUUGUAUAUCAAUCGGAAAGGCUACUACUCGUUGAAUGUGCAAAUAGUGUGCGAUGCUCAGAGACGUAUCCUUGAUAUUGUUGCUCGAUGUUGAGGCAGUGUGCACGACGCUCGCAUAUUGGAUAACUGCUCCCUCAAGGAUGAGGUUCGAGAGUUCCAAAAUUAAGGGGGUUUUACUUGGAGAUUCCGGGUAUCCAUGCAAAUCCUACCUUUUAACACAGUUUUUAAGGCCUCGAACCCCUGCUGAGGAACGUUACAACGCAUCCCAUGUGCGAACCCGGAACGUCGUGGAACGCUGCUUCGGAGAGUGGAAGGGCAUGUUUCGUGCCCUGAGGAACAGCAUGCAGAUUUCUCUGCCAACAGCGAGGACAGCCAUUGUUGAAAUGGCUGUCCUAUAUAACAUUCGGCACGAAUUUGGUGACACCAACCUAUAUGGAAUCAUUUUUCCGAUCCAGAAGACGAUGAGGGGGCGAAGCAACGGGCGGAAGAGGAUGUCAGCCCAACUACGGAAGAACCAUCUACAUUGGUUGCUGGCAGUCUCUUCCGUCAGCAGUUCUUGCAGCAGUACUUCACGUGAGGCCCGGCUCUAACCCCGUCCUGCUUCCAAUCCAACGACGAUACGUAUGCAGUCCUUGGAUAAGCGAUACCGGUUAUGAAAUUCACGAUCAUUAUACAGUUUAAAUGGAUCAACUUUAUAACGAAAACCUGUAAGAUCAUAUUGUCGCAUCGCAUUCUUCUCACAAUA